AGCUUGGCAAAAUAUCACCCGGAGUAAAAUAGACAUUUCUGCAGGUGGUGUCAUUUAUCGAGUGGAUUUAUAUUACUCGGUGAUUCAUACGAACCAGUGAUGAUCUGAAUUUCUUUCAAAGAUGUAUUGGCAAUCUUUCUUUGGCUUUAUUCUGCUGUUUGUUUCCGUAACAACUUCGCCUCUUGAGAAAUACAUCAAACUCACAAUUGGUGUAGCCAAGGCAGCCUAUUUACCAUUUGAAGGGAAUCGGUUUUUUCAAAAUGGUCAUAUCAUCGAGAGCCCCACAACUACACAACCCUUUAAAAAGUACGACCGAAAUCAGGAAAAAUAUGCUUGUAGUGUUGGAGGAUGGAAUGCGAAAAGCUACGCCAGCAAAGGCACCGAAGUCCUGUUGUUUACACAUCCUCAGCUGAAGUUGGCUGUCUUUGGGUUUCGAGGAACGGAACCAACAAGCCUUAAAGACUGGAGUAAAAAUUUCAAAAUGCUUCUAGUUGCCGUCCGCUUCGGCAACGCAAACUUCAAAAUCCACCAGGGCUUCAGAGAUCGUUAUCAGGAUAUUUCGUUAUGGUUUGAAACUGAAUACCAAGCUAUUCCUGCAGAUUAUAAAAUCAUGAUAACAGGUCAUAGUCUGGGAGGAGCUCUAACCACGGUUUCUGCGGCAAUCGUUAGUGGUAAAACAAAACGACUUCCUGACGCCGUCAUCCCAUAUGCGUCGCCUUUAGUUGGUGGACAAGAUUUUCAAACCUAUUACCAAAGCGUUGUCGGCUGCGACCGAACCCUGAGAGUGACCGUGAAGGGCGACAUCGUCACGAAAGCUCCUUCCACAAUAUUGGGCUAUAGGCACGUGUGUAGCCCUCUUGAACUUGAGGGUCACACUGGCAUUUUAACUCCAGGGGAAAUGAUCGAAAAUCACGAUGUGUAUGCUAAUUAUGAUCGAGGAUUGGAACAGAGAUAUACAAAUGCGAAUGACAUCAAUCUCGCUUGUGAUCGACUUGUCUAAAGAAACUUCUAUUUUAAUGCAGUUCUUCCCAUGUGGAACAAUUAAUCUACCAGCAACCAUCAAAUCAUCCCUGACCAUCUUGUCGCUCAAAAAAGAUUAUACCAUCAUCACAAUGAGAAAGUCAAGCAAAGAUUUUGAUGUCAAUCAACCAAGAACAUGCAUGGAAAUAUUUGAGUGUAAAAUGUUGUCCCUUUGUGUUAGUAGAAUGAGCUUUGGUGGGAUUUAACUAGACCUUACUUAAGAUCUGUUGUCAUCUUCCUUCAAUAAUUUGUUAAUUUAUACGAUAUUGGUUGUAAAGUCAAAAAUAAAAUAAAAAUAGUAAAAUAUGAACUUGCAUUAAUUACAGUUGAUUUCAUAAAACUUUGGCCACUACACUUGCAAAAUGUUUGGAAGCUGUCAAGUGGGUGGGGAAGUUGUCACUUCAGUUUUGUAAUUUGCAACAAAGUUCUGAAGUUCAAAUUGAACUUCGGACUUUCAAAUCGAAUCGAACUAUAAAAUACCAGGGCAAAGCAAUUACAAUAAUAAUAAAAUGAAA